AGAACAACUUACCCUUCUUAUUUUUAAUUAAAAUGUCUUUUCUUAAAUUACUAACCCAAAAAUCUUUUAAUAAAAUUUUUAAUCCCUAUUUACCAUCAAUCUUUCAAAAAGCUCAAAUUGGUGGUUGUGCAUGUCCCCCAAACGAAGAAGAUGUCGAUUAUGCUUUUGAAAUGUCCAGCUCAACUUUACGUUUUGGCAAAGGAGUGACAAAAGAAAUUGGUUUUGAUGUUGUUACAUUUGGAGCUAAAAAUCCGUUAAUUGUAACUGACAAAAAUGUGGCUAAAACUGUUGCUUUUGAAAAUGUUGCAAAUUCAUUAACUAAAUUGGGAAUUGCUUUUGAAGUUUUUGAUGAAGUAAAAUGUGAACCUUCACAACAAAGCAUGCAAUUAGCUAUUAAUUUUGCUCGGAAAAAACCUUUUGAUUGUUUUUUGGCUGUUGGUGGUGGUUCUGUUAUUGAUACAGCCAAAGCAGCAGCUUUGUAUGCAAACAACCCAAAUGCUGAAUUUUUUGAUUUUGUACAAAAACCGUUUGGUCUUGGACUUAUUCCUGAUAAAACAAUGCUUCCACUGAUUGCUGUCCCAACAACAGCGGGUACUGGAAGUGAAACAACAGGCGUUUCAAUUAUUGACAUACCCGAAAAACAAUGCAAAACGGGCAUCAGACUUCGAUGUAUCAAACCAAAUUUGGCAAUAAUUGACCCUCUAAAUGUUAUGUCAAUGCCUAGAAAUGUUGCAAUUUAUUCUGGUUUUGAUGUUUUAUGUCACGCUUUGGAAUCCUACACAGCUAAACCUUACAAUAAACGUUCUCCUCUUCCGUCAAGUCCAAAUGCUCGACCUGUUUAUCAAGGCUCUAAUCCGGUCAGUGAUGUUUGGGUAAGAGAAGCUCUUCAAAUUGUUAAAAAAUAUUUUCGGCGAUCUAUCUUUGAUCCAGAAGAUGAAGAAGCACGUACAUACAUGAUGAUGGCUAGUUCAUUUGCUGGGAUGGGUUUUGGAAAUGCUGUGGGUAUUUUUUGGUUAAAUAUAGUCGAAUUUCAUUAUAAGAUACCCCCAAUAUUGGAGACACCUCUAUUUAAAAGACGCUCUUAA